AUGCAUUUCCUGUGUCUCUACUACAAGAACAAGGGCGACUACACCAGGGCAUCCAAGAUGGCGAACGGUCUCCUGGACUACACGGGAACGUCGCGUGAGGCAGCACUGGCGGUUCUGAGAGAAAUCCGAAGCAUAAUGGAAACCCGGCAACACCAAGCCGCCGAGUCUUCCGCCCUACCUCAGCCCCACAACGCCAACAACAGCCACGACGACGUCUCCCUUGACGGGGGCAGCGGACGGCCCCUCUUCACGCCGAGGGCGGCGACAGGGUCAUCUCACCACGACGGUAGCGGAGCGGGCGGCAGUCAGCUGUUCAACGCCAACAACAGCGGCCUUGGUGGUAGCGUUCGUGGUGCAACAAGAGCAGCAGCGGGCACUUUCCCCACCCCGACCCCUCGUAGACCCGGCAGGGUCCGCAACGGGGUUUCACCAGGAACAGGCGGAGGCGGCGGGGGAGCCGCGGGAGGCGGGGCCGGAUCAGGGACUCCAGGCUAUCGGCUGAUGGGCAACAGCGGAGGGGGGACUUCUUUGGCGCCACGGUCCCCGGAAGACAUGAGCGUCGCGAUGAGCCUUGGGUCUUCAGACGAAGACGACGACGGAGGGGCGUUGGCCCGAUAUUCACCGGGCAUAGCGACGCCGGUCGCGACUGGCCAUGGUGGUGCGGGUGCCGGGCAUGAUGGGUCGCCUGAGGCGGGCGGAGACGGGCAGGGCGAGGAGUCUUUGAGCGAUAUCCUGUCCCCAUGACGGCGCCCGGACCUCGAUCGUUUCUAAUGUUUCCAAUGGAUCGGCCCGUAGCGUUGGGUUUCGGUGACUAGGGUGAUGGCCCGCCCGGGGACCACAAGCUAAACGCCUCUUUCCCCCCCCUGAUGCAUUCGAUAUUUUUUCUUCGGGUCGAGAUAGUGCGUGGUGCACCGAAGGGAGAGAGAGACGUACAGGAGACGAGAAGCCGUUCGAGCUAUUCUUGGUUUGAUCCUUUGUUUACCUAAUAUCAAAGUAGGUGCCGAAGUGGAGAUGAAAACGAUGGAGAACGGCU